AUGUAUCAAGGUCAACUAAUUUUAUCAGAAAUAUUAGAUAAAAAAAUCCAAAAUCGAAUCAUGUCGAAAGCCAAACAAGAAUCUUUGAAGACAUUAUUAACUAUCCAAAAUUAUCAGAAUGUUGAUAAUUGCAAUAAACUGCAAAAUAUUAUGGGUGGUGAUAUUUGCACAGAUCCUAAAGAACAAGAACUCUUCUUACCUGCAUUAAAUAAUUAUCAUAAUAAAUUUCGUUCAGGAUCGCUUCCUUUGAUUUAUGAUGGCUCUUCAAAUGGAAGACCACAAAUUUCUCGCCUAAAUACAUAUCCUCAGAUUCCUAACUACCAGCCAAGUGUUACUUCAUCCGAGUAUCAACCGUUUAAUAUUGAAAUACCUUCGGAUAAUAAUAUGCCAAAUUUUGGCAUUCCAGGCAUUCAAGUUGCAUAUGAAAAUUCCAAAAAUAGAUCCGAAAGUAAUAAUUUAGGAGAUGGAUUAGAUAUUCAUAAUCUAAUAAAUGGAUCUAACAUUUGUAACUUAGACUGUGAAAAUAGUUCUGAAAAUUCAGGAAUUGGAUCUGAAGAUUAUAAUAGUUUUGAUAAUAAUGAAUUCGAUGUCUAUAAGUCAAGAAUUGGAUUCAUAAAUUACAACUUGGGAUUUACAUUUGAAGGUUAUGAUUUUGGAGUUAGACCUGUCUUUAAUAUUCUUCAAAUAAUGCAACUUUUUAUCGUGUAA